GAGUCCCGUUGCCAGGGAAACACUCCGGCGAGCAGGAAGUAAAUAGCGGAGUCGUUGGCUAGUAAGUCUAGCUCACUGGUUACUUUAAAGCGUGAUGUUUUCGGACAUUAUUUUGAAUCUGCGAUAAUUCGUAGCGAUUUUUACAGACGUAUGUCAAACCAUAUCAGACACUGAGGGGAAAGCGUAUGAUACAGUCCUGAGCCGCGCAUCGCGUCUGGCGCCUCCAUGAGCCGCAGUCGGAACCCCCCCGUUCGGGGCCAGGGGGCAGCCCGAGCCAAGCAGAUGGGCCUGCUGCUGGACCUGAACCCCGACGGGGGUGUGGAUGCAGAUGGAAAUGAUGAGGACCUGGAGGCGGAGCUUCUCUCACUGAUGGGCGGGCCCCGGUCAGCUGGCAAAAAAGCGGGUGGGAGAGCCCCUGUGCCCAUGGCGGACAUCGAACACAUGGCGGCCCUUUGCAUGAAGGACCUGGAUGAAGAGGACGGGGACGAGGACGGAGAUCUGGAGAGCGACGCUGACCUUCUGGCGGAGCUCAGCGAGGUCCUGGAGGGAGACAAGGAGGAGGAGGCCCCCACCCUUCCCCAGCAGAAGGCAGCCCCUCACCACACCCCUGUGGCCUCGCCUGGGCCCCAGAGCUUGGAGGCCCUCCUCGUGGAGCGCAUUGGCAUGUACCAGGGUGCCAUCAGCAAUGCCAAGGAGGCAGGAGAAGGCAGCAAAGUGCGGCGCUACGAUCGGGGCCUCAAGACCCUGCAGUCCAUGCUGGCUUCAGUCAAGAAGGGCAAACCCAUAGAUGAAGCUGAAAUCCCACCUGCUGUGGCCACCGGCGGCAAGCCUGCCCCAGCCCCUCAGAGCAGGCCAGAUGCAGAGCAGCAGCCACGGGUUCCCGAGCCCGCCCCUGCACCACCCACCAAUCAUAAGUCUGUAAAGGAAACCCCGCCCAGACCCCCGCCCAAACCCCAGCUCCUCCCACCCCCAGCGAAGACGCUGGCCGUGACCCCAGAUACCCCUCUCAUCUCUCCUCUCACCCCAAGCCAGCCAGACUCGCACCUCUCAGAGGUAAAGAGCUUGGUGUCCAGUAGGCAGAGGGAGUACAAGGUGGCCGCCAUCCAAGCCAAGCAGAGCGGGGACACUGAGCUGGCCAAGCGGCUCUACCUGGCAGCCAAGAAAUUAGACCCACUGAUUGAGGCACUGGACAGAGGCGAGACAGUGGACGUGGCCUCUCUUCCACCCCCUCCUGGGAAUGCCCCUUCUCCAGCCCCACCCUCCCAGCCUUCCUCCCAGCCAACCAGUGCACCUCCAGUGGUGUCCCCCGUUACUGAUACUGCUCUCCCAGCACCCCGCACCGUUGCAGAGGCGCUGCAGCAGCGCAUGGAGCGCUACAAGGCAGCAGCGGAGGGCGCAAAGAGCAAAGGCGACGAUCGGAAGGCCAGGAUGCACCAGCGAAUCAUUAAGCAAUACCAGGACGCCAUCAGGGCCAACAAAGCGGGGCGACACGUCGAUCUGUCCGAGCUGCCCAUCCCUCCCGGGUGCCCCCCACUUCAGGGGUCAGAGGGCAGUGAGCAAAACCUCGUGGGGGUGCUUGAGACAGCUCUGAAGCUGGCCAAUCAGGAUGCGGAGGCCGAGGAUGACGAUGAGAGCGGCACCAGGGAACCGGCCGCCAAGCUGACCUCAAAAGCGGCGGUCCAGCGAGCCAAAGCGCCGAUGCCGCCCACACCGGAGUCCGCCUCUCCAGGCUCCGCCUCCACGCCGGGUCAGGCUCCCAAGCUGGGCACCAAAGCCCAGCAGCAGCUGGACUUCCUGCUGAUGCGCCGCCAGCAGUUUGUACGUGCUGCCGUGCGCUCCAAGCAGAUGAAGGACCUGCAGGGGGCAGCGUUGCACCUGCGUAAUGCCAAGGGCCUGGAUCACAUGAUCACUGCCGCUAAGGGCGGGCUGCCCGUCGACAUCACCAAGGUGCCCAGUGUCCCUGUCAGUGAGGAGGACUACUCCCUGGGUCCGACGCGCUCCCAGCUGUCACCUCGCUCCUCGGAGAAGUACGGCCAGCUCAUGGAGCUCCUGCGGCAGCAGCACGAGAAAUGCAUAGGCUACUCCCAGCAGUCCACAAACAUGGGCAACAUUGCUGAGACAACCAGGUUUGAGAAGCUGGCUGAGGAGUGCAUGAAGAACAUUGAGGUACUGAAAAAAGCCUAUGAGAAGAGCUGCCCUGUGCCCAAGUUCCACACGGAGGAACGAACGUUCAACAUUGUCAAGAUCUUUCCGGAUCUCACCAGCAAUGACUUGGUGUUGACCAUAGUAAAAGGCACGAAUCUGCCCUCGCCCUCGGGAGGGUCUGCCAAUGACCUGGAUGCCAGUGUGCGAUUUGAGUUUCCCUUCCCCAGUUCGGAAGAACCCCAGCAUGACAAGACCAGCACUGUGAAGAACAGCAACUGCCCAGAGUUCAAGGAGCAGUUCAAGUUGAACAUCAGCAGGGGCCACAGGAGCUUCAAGAGGGUUGUCCAGACCAAGGGCAUCAAGUUCGAGAUCAUUCACAAGGGGGGGCUGUUCAAGGCGGACAGGGUGGUGGGCAAUGCGCAGCUGAAGCUGGAUUCCCUGGAGACGCAGUGUGAGAUCAGACAGCUGCUGGAGGUGCUGGAUGGCAGGAAGGCCACAGGUGGUCGGCUGGAGGUGCGCGUGAAGAUCCGAGAGCCACUGGGUAGUCCGCAACUCCAGACCGUCACUGAGAAGUGGCUGGUCCUGGAUCCCAUCACCACACCGCCGGCAGCAGUACCGGCACCUAAAUCCAAACCCAGACCCCAGAAUGACCACGAUAAAAAUGCCAGCCGCUCGCCCCCCCAGUACAAAUUUCACAGCUUCAGUCUGCUGCAGUACGAUAAGGACAGAAUCGAGCACAAGAUCAAGGAGUACAAACGGAACAGGAUGGAACCGCCAACUGAGCUACUGCAGCAGCACCGGGACACCAGCCAGAGGCUGCAGUGGCAGAAAGCGCAUUUGGAGAGGGCGCCCCCUGCUGUCUUUGCAGAAUAUGACGCCGCCCUGUGUCGACUUGCCCAAGGCCUGAGUGAGGGGGUAAAGAAGUUCUCCAGUCAGGGAAACAGGGAUGCUGCUAAGGAUGCACUUGGCCGCCUGAAGAUGGUGGAGACCGAGAUAGAGGCCCUGAGAAAGAGGUGUGCCACCUGACCUGAGCUGGCCUGAGGGGUCCGGAGUCCCUGAGGGGAGGGUGUUUAGGUGGGACCUGGGAGCCCCAAACAGACACUACGCUGGAGACACUGACACAUGGAUGAUCGGGGAAUCCACCUUCACACAUGUCCUGUCCUACACCCACACACACACACACACACACACACACUCAGAAGCACUGAACAGACACUUCCACAUGCUGAGAGGGGCAGCAGUCAUCGGUACGCACUACACUUCCUGGGCUGUCAUAAAUCUGCAGUUACUGCUUUGGAUGUAACAUUGAUACAUUGUAGAUCCUCUGCUCUAGACCGAGCGGAGAUCGUUACUCACUGAUAAGCGCCCAGCACUGGUGGGGGGGACGGGGCACAGGCACUGGCAGUGUAUGUUGCUUUAUGGUUCUUAAAGGACUGGUAAUAUGAAGUCUUUGCACAGCGAAACGUAAUAGUGAAGUUAGAAAAGAGGAUGCCAGUGAAAAUUUCUUCUUUGCAAUUUGUACAAUCAUUGAUUUUUUUUUUUCUUUAAAAUGCUUCCUUUAAAAACUAGAAUGUUGAAAGUAGAAGGAGGUGGUGUGGUUUUAUCUGUAACGGACCUGGAGCGCGCCCCUGUCUACGUGCGGCGUGUCCGGGCCCGGCUGCGCUGGCUUCUGCAGGGGGCCACAGCACCAGCGCCUCUGGCUGUCUGACCAUGACACCUAAAUCCUGUGCUUUCUGCCCUUACAAUCCAGGGUUUUACCCAGACGCCUGCCUGCAUCUGGGAGGCGUGUCACUCACCCUGUUCCCCAAUUUUAGUUUUUGUUUCUUUAUUGUUUCUGCUGUGGUUGUUCCAAUGCUGAGGGGGUAACGCAGAGGAUUGCUUACCCCCAGCUGCGGCUGCCUGGCCUGAGAUGGGUGGGGGGGCGGCUUCCUUUGUGGUGCUCGCCAGGGGUUAGCAGCAGUGGCCAGGUGGAUUUUUCUAACGGGUAGAACGUAACCCCUAGAAACGCUAAUCGCGUCUUUCCUGUGUGACUCUGGGGGCCCCAUUCAUCCUCUGCAGUCUUUUCUGCCACAUUCUUGACCCAGUCCCCAUUUUUUGGAGCAGUACUGCAUGAUUACCCCCGCCCACCCACACACCCCCCCAAAGCUUUGCCAUGGCAACUGACUGAUCACCCUGUUGUGAACCGUUUGGGGGGUGUGCAGUGUAUAAUUCUAGGAAACCGUGAUGAAAUAUGCAGAAGGAAUGCUAAAAUAAAUGGUACCUUUUAUGCACAUUAAGUGGCAUCAAUCCACAUGCUGAUGACAGUCAAACAGAAAAACAGAAACACUAAUAUAUACGGCUCUGUCUAUGAUUGUAUCUUUAAAAUGAAUCUAUAUCAUGGCCCGGGGUGAAAGGGAAGCAACUGAUUUACUGAAAUUUGAAAUCUGUAUUCUAAAUAUGGAAGAUGAAUAUAUUAAAAAUCUAACAUCUGAA